AAUAAUCUUUCAUAAAACGAAUUGUUUAGUAUUUUAAUUGAUAAUUGUAAAUUGGUAUUCAUAAUGAUUCAUUGAAUUAGAUCUAUUAGCAAUGAUAAAAUCAAAAUUAACGGAUAGAAACCUAAGUUAUUAGUAAAACUGCCUGAUCCAUUAGGCUUAAUUUAAGUUGAAAAAAUAAAUAGAAAGUAAAAAUUAGUGGGGGUUCCACAAAUAUUCUUUCAAUUUUGAAAAACUAAUUCGUUAUCGUAUUCUGUCAGAGUUCAGUCAGAAAUCUGAAGCUUUUGAGGACUGGAAAAAAUCUGUGGUGUAAAAUGAAUAUCUCUGAGAUAUUUGCUGUUCUAGGUGCUCUAGGCACAAUAGCAAUUGUUGGAGCAACAGUCCACUUCUUUUUAGUAUGGAAAAAAAAUAAUAAACGAAAAAAGGGCCCGAUCUUGUUAGAAAAUCCUAUGACAAAAUAUGAGUUGCCAUUAAUUGAAAAAGAAAUAAUUAGCCAUGAUACAAGGAGGUUUAGAUUUGGCUUACCAUCACCUAAGCAUGUUCUUGGCCUACCAACUGGACAGCAUGUACAUCUCACUGCUGAAAUUAAUGGGGAUAUUGUUAUCAGAGCUUAUACUCCAGUUUCCAGUGAUGAUGAUCAAGGCUUUGUUGAUUUAGUUGUUAAGGUUUACUUUAAAAAUGUUCAUCCCAAAUUCCCAGAAGGUGGGAAACUAUCUCAAUACUUGGAAAGUAUGAAAAUUGGCGAUAAGAUAGCAUUCAAAGGACCUUCAGGUCGAUUGAUAUACUUAGGAAAGGGGUGUUUUUCUAUUAGGUUGCUCAGGAAACAACCUCCAGCUGAAUACAACGUUAAAAAAGUUGUAAUGAUUGCCGGAGGUAGUGGAAUUACUCCAAUGCUUCAAUUAAUCAGAGAAAUGACUAAAGUCCCUGAUGAUCACACAAAAAUUUCACUGUUAUAUGCCAAUCAAACAGAAAAAGACAUAUUAUUAAGAAACGAAUUAGAAGAUGUUGCUAAGAAACAUCCAGAACAAUUCAAGUUUUGGUAUACACUUGAUUCUAGUAGUGAAAACUGGAAAUAUUCCACUGGACACAUUAAUGCUGAUAUGAUUAAAGAUCAUAUGUAUCCUCCUGGUGAUGAUACAAUUGUUCUUAUGUGUGGACCUCCGCCCAUGAUUAACUUCGCUUGUACACCUAAUUUAGACAAAUUAGGUUACGAUUCCAAACUCAGAUUCGCUUAUUAGUUUAAAAAAGUAGUAAAAUGAAUUAAGCAUUUAAAAUAAUAUACAUGCAAAAUCAAACUAACAGAAUAAUUUUUUCUUGACAAUAAAGUCGACAGGGCAAUUAAUGGAGCAUUUACUUGUUAUUAUAGAAAUUAUAGAAAA